CUUUUGUAAACACAGUUAACAAGCACAAGCCGUGGCUUGAGCCCACUUAUCAUGGCAUAGUUACAGAAAACGACAAUGCAGUGCUCCUCGACCCUCCGCUGAUUGCCCUGGAUAAAGAUGCACCUCUGCAUUUUGCAGGUGAGAUUUGUGGAUUUAAAAUUCAUGGGCAGAAUGUCCCCUUUGAUGCAGUGGUAGUGGAUAAAUCCACUGGCGAGGGAAUAAUUCGCUCAAAAGAGAAGCUGGACUGUGAACUGCAGAAAGACUACACCUUCACCAUCCAGGCCUAUGACUGUGGCAAGGGACCCGACGGUGCCAACGUGAAAAAGUCUCAUAAAGCAACUGUCCACAUUCAGGUGAACGACGUGAACGAAUACGCGCCCGUGUUCAAGGAGAAGUCCUAUAAAGCGACCGUCGUGGAGGGGAGGCAGUAUGACAGCAUUCUGAGAGUGGAGGCCGUGGACGCGGACUGCUCCCCUCAGUUCAGCCAGAUUUGCAGCUACGAAAUCGUCACUCCAGACGUGCCGUUCGCUGUCGACAAAGACGGUUACAUAAAAAACACAGAGAAGCUGAACUAUGGGAAGGAACAUCAGUAUAAGCUGACAGUCACGGCCUACGAUUGCGGGAAGAAAAGAGCGACAGAAGAUGUUCUGGUAAAGAUCAGCAUUAAACCCACCUGCACCCCUGGGUGGCAAGGAUGGAACAACAGGAUUGAGUAUGAGCCUGGCACGGGAGCUUUGGCCCUCUUCCCAAACAUCCACCUGGAAACGUGUGAUGAAUCGGUGGCCUCGGUGCGGGCGACGGUGGAGCUGGAGACCGGCCACAUAGGCAAAGGCUGUGACCGCGACACUUACUCUGAGAAGUCCCUUCACCGGCUCUGCGGUGCCAUGUCUGGCACUGCCGAGCUGCUCCCUUCCCCAAGCGGCUCCUUGAACUGGACCGUCGGCCUCCCCACGGACAACGGCCACGACAGUGACCAGGUCUUCGAGUUCAAUGGCACUCAGGCGGUGAGGAUCCCAGACGGCGUUGCAUCUGUCAACCCGAAAGAGCCGUUUACGGUUUCCGUGUGGAUGAGGCAUGGGCCUUUCGGCAGGAAGAAGGAGACGAUUCUUUGCAGUUCAGACAAGACAGAUAUGAACCGGCACCAUUACUCACUCUACGUCCAUGGCUGCCGGCUUAUUUUCCUCCUCCGUCAGGAUCCUUCAGAAGAGAAGAAAUACAAGCCUGCAGAAUUCCACUGGAAGUUGAAUCAGGUCUGCGAUGAGGACUGGCACCACUACGUCCUCAACGUGGAAAUCCCGAGUGUGACUCUCUACGUGGACGGCGUUCCUCAUGAGCCAUUCUCAGUGACUGAAGAUUACCCGCUUCAUCCAUCCAAGAUCGAAACUCAGCUCGUGGUUGGGGCUUGCUGGCAAGAGUAUUCAGGAGUUGAAAAUGACAAUGAAACUGAGCCUGUGCCUAUGGCCUCUGCAGGUGGUGACCUGCACAUGACCCAGUUUUUCCGAGGUAAUCUGGCUGGCCUGACGAUCCGUUCCGGGAAACUCGAGGAUAAGAAGGUGAUUGACUGUCUGUAUACCUGCAAAGAGGGAUUAGACCUGCAAGUCCCCGAAGACAGUGGCAGAGGCGUGAAGAUCCAAGCCAACCCCAGCCAGUCAGUGCUGACCUUGGAGGGAGAGGACGUUGGGGAGUUGGAUAAGGCCAUGCAGCACAUCUCCUACCUGAACUCCCGGCAGUUUCCCACACCCGGGAUCCGGAGACUCAGAAUCACCAGCACGGUCAAGUGUUUUAACGAGGCCGCCUGCAUUUCAGUUCCUCCGGUAGAUGGCUACGUGAUGGUUUUACAGCCGGAAGAGCCCAAGAUCAGCCUGAGUGGCGUCCACCAUUUUGCUCGAGCGGCUUCUGAAUUUGAAAGCUCGGAGGGCGUUUUCCUUUUCCCUGAGCUUCGGAUCAUCAGCACCAUCACGAGAGAAGUGGAGCCUGAAGGGGAGGGGGAUGAGGACCCCACAGUUCAAGAGUCACUGGUGUCUGAGGAGAUCGUGCAUGACCUGGAUACCUGUGAAGUCACGGUGGAGGGAGAGGAACUGAACCAGGAGCAGGAGAGCCUGGAGGUGGACACAGCCCACCUGCAGCAGAAGGGCAUUGAAGUGAGCAGCUCAGAUCUGGGCAUGAUUUUCACAGGCGUGGACACCAUGGCCAGCUACGAGGAGGUUCUGCACCUCCUGCGUUAUCGGAACUGGCACACCAGGUCCUUGCUUGACCGCAAGUUCAAGCUCGUCUGCUCUGAGCUGAAUGGCCGCUACAUCAGCAAUGAAUUCCAGGUGGAGGUGAACGUAAUCCACACGGCCAACCCCGUGGAAUAUGCCAACCAUAUGGCUGCCCAGCCGCAGUUCCUUCACCCUGAGCAUCGCUCCUUCGUUGACCUCUCGGGUCAUAACCUGGCCAACCCCCACCCAUUCGCAGCUGUCCCCAGCACCGCAACCGUGGUGAUUGUGGUGUGUGUCAGCUUCUUGGUUUUCAUGAUUAUCCUGGGAGUGUUCCGGAUCCGGGCUGCACAUCAGCGAACCAUGCGGGACCAGGACACCGGGAAGGAGAAUGAGAUGGAUUGGGAUGACUCAGCCUUGACCAUCACCGUAAACCCCAUGGAGACAUAUGAGGACCAGCACAGCAGUGAGGAGGAAGAGGAGGAGGAGGAGGAAGAGAGCGAGGAUGGGGAGGAGGAGGAUGACAUCACCAGCGCCGAGUCGGAGAGCAGCGAGGAGGAGGAGGGCGGGGAGCACGGGGACCAGCAGAACGUGAACAGGCAGCAGCAGCUGGAGUGGGAUGACUCCACCCUCAGCUACUGAGCCGCCGCCCUCCCUCCGUCACCGCUUUUUCUGCUUCAGAAGACUCUGCUGUCAUCUGUCGUACCAGUCCCAAGGGUCCACGAUGUACAAAGUCAUUCUGGCCAGUAGGUCUGCAGACCCUCCCCAUCACCGAUCUUCUGCCCGUGCUUGGUGUGUAGGACUGUAGGCUCCCCCUCGCCCCCCGCCCGGAUCUCUCUUAAGUUAUGUCAUCUCGCUCUGCGUGGCCCCCUCGCACCUCCAGAAAAGCUGCAAUGACUGGACUCGUUGACAAAGGGUUAAAAUUGCUCACUCCUACCUAGAGUAAUCCUUUUUUUCUUUUUUUUUUUAAAGUUUUUAUUUUUUCCAAACUAGUGCAUGUAUAAAGUGGCAGAGUGGGGAUUAAUAUGUAGAUGAUGAACUGACUUUUUAAUAUUUUGUAAAUAAAUCGGGAUUCCUCGUG